UUUAACAAACUUUAAUUAUGCUUGUUCAACAUUUUACUAGGAAAAUGACAUAUGUGUGCUUUGUCUACAAUCGUAACAUGUUUUAUUAUUCUGAUCGUUUUCAAUUUAAUGUUGUGCCUUUUGUACAAAAUAGUGUCUGUCAAGCGUCUGAAGCAGAUUGCUUCAUGAUCACAACCGAAGAAAAUUGUGUUAGACAUCCAAUCCAGACUAAUUAUGCCUUUGACAUCUACUCGCAGUACAAGUCAGGGCUAUUUUUGUGAAAUAAAAAAAAAUCUUGCCAGUAACAGGGUUCAUGGAAAAUUGGUAAUAGGAAUUUUUCUCCCUAAAAAUGAUUUACAAAACUCCUCACCCCUGACCCCUGUCAUAUUUUACUUCAUCAUCAGGCAACACGUUUCCCUCCAGUACAGAAUAAAAUCUCUUUACGAGGCAAAGUACAAUAGAGGGAUUUUUAUGUAAUCAAGCACAUAGGAGAUUUCUACCCAGAAUAAAGCUUGUUGGGUGUUCGUGCUUUCAGGCUAAUGAUGUUGAUGGUCGGACUGCUACGUGUCACGCAACGUAUUAUUGCUUCUUAUCAUAAUUAGAAUGUUUCUCUGUAUCGAAAACACAUAUAGAAAGUAUAUUUGUUUUAUAGGUUGUUUUUUUAACAGGGAUAUCCAAUAUUCUGACAAAUAUACACUUCAUUAUUAUUAUUCACCGCUUUAUGCUCUUCCUGUAAUAUUAUUUAAAACUAGCCCCGAGUAAAGUGUGCGAACAAUUCCAUCCUUCUUCCUAAAUAAUCUGAACAAAGGGAUGGGAGGGGGAGUAUCCUGUACUCUUACAUGGAUGUAUGACGAUAGUUAUCAGAGUGUAAUGCAAAAUUACUAGACAUAUUAUUGCAAUGCAUUUUUAUUAUAGCCGUGAUAGAAAUGUAGAACACUCAGCUUUAGCCAUCUCCUCGCACCCACUCUGACAGGAAUGUGACAUCAGACGCACAGACAAAAGUGGUAGGUAAACAGUUCAUAGAGCUUGAUCAUCACAUCACCUGCACUCAUUCAUACUAGUUGCAGCCCAGAUAUACAAUCAACUUCCGGACAGGGUACACACCUGAAUGCACAGGCCAACCCUGCUUGCUCCCAUUCCGUUCUUAUGUGUACUUAAAAAAAAUUAUUUCAUACUUAUUUUGUUUUCGUAACUUCAGUGGCAAUAUUAAUGCGUGCGGAUUUUUCAUACCUGUGAAAAGGACUGUAAAUGCUGGUGUAAAUGAUCAUACAUGGAGAAGUAGAACUUGAUAUAGACCGUCUGUGUUGAUGUUUUAUGUAAAGCAAUGUUCUAUUGUUACCGUCGGCAGACAAAAAUAUCCUAAAAGCGAUUAAUAAAAAUGCACGUGACAUAAUCUUAUUUUCCGAUUGGAGUCUGUCUAGUAGUCGAUUGAGAGGUUUACUACAAACAUCAUUUCCUCAUUAAAAUCUUGAUCAUCUCUAUGCUUAGAAGUGAAUCUCCCUUUUUAUUUACUUUAUUCGUUUAUUUUAAUGAUUACUUACUAAGUGAAAACGUUGAAUUUUAAUGAUGGAUUAGAAAACUGAAGAGAAUUAGCAUCUCGGAAACAAAGUCUGGCAUAGUCUGAUAACUGUUCUCAAGGAAAGAUCAGCCUGUGAUCACUUUGUUGUAAUUCAAAUAAAAGGUGGGAGAUCAUACUUCUUUCGAACCUGAUUAAGUGCUAACCUCUGCCGUUUUGCUUCACCUCAAAACAGUCUCAUGCACCAAACCCCUCCAAUCCCUUCUCGCACUUCCCUCCGUAAAUGCAAACCACCGUCCAUUUCUCAGCUGUUUAGCGGGGAGAGCACUUUUCAGUUCUGUUCUAACGGCAUUAGCCUUGACCAUCCAUUGCCCCAAUUUCGUGUCUAGACUGACCCACCCACCAGGGAGUGGAGGGCCUAAUGACCCUAACCCCGUUUACUCCUCUCACCAACUGUUGUCCUGCAGAGGAAAGGGGUGUGCAGGUGUACACUGGGUAACCUACGCACUUCACGAAAGAUCCUCCUUUUCAUACACCCCACCCCAUCCUUUUUUCACCGCGAUCCCUGCCGGGGGAGUCCCUCACUGACCAUUUUAAUAGAUAACAGUAACAACACCCUUGACGAUGGAUUUAAUGCUGUUUGUAACCAUUUCUCUUGCUUCAUCAUUUUCUCGAAGUUGGGGUGACGGCUUGUCGUUCUCCGCAAUGCUAGUUUUAACCCACUGUCGAACUCUUGACCGAAAAUGUGACUAGACUUGGUCCUUUUCUCCAGCAUCUGACCCAUUGGCUUGAACUGGUGACGACCACCUGUCCACCGUCGCGGACCUGCUCGUACAACAUGACCGCUGCCGCAUGCUGGGUGUCGUGCGCUGCUGCUGUCCUGCUGUGUCUCCUCCUACCGGCGACGCAAGCAUCGGGGGACGUGGUCGACGUGGGAUUCGAUCUCUUGUUCGAGUCCAACACCGUGGAACUCAGCGACGUGCCUAUAACCUUUGACUCGGCGCUACCCACCUGGCUAACCGGCACCUUGGUGCGCAAUGGACUGGGGCUAUUCGAGAAUGGUGACCGCUCAUUUCUUCACGCCUUCGACGGCUUCGCAAAGUUGACCAGCUGGCGUUUCCUUGGCAACGGCUCGGUUUUUUUCAGCACGCGCUUCCUGGCCAGUAGCUUCUACAACGACUCAAUGACGUCGGCGUCCAUCGCGCCCUACCUGCUCUUUGACAGUGUCUCUCCAUCCUUCACCUUCCUGGAACGGAUGAAGGCCAUCUACCACGGGAUCGACAACAUGAACGCCAACGUGGUUCGGCUACCCAGGGAUGAUGGCGGGUACGAUUACCUGGCCCUCAGCGACUUCUGGAAAGUGUAUGAGAUCUUUCCGGACAGGCUGGGCACGGGUACCGCAGUGACCUCACCCUUGAAAGGGUCCCACGGGACUCUCCUUAACAAUUUGUUUUUGAACCUGCUGUCGUCCGCGCACCCUUUGCCAGAACCACGGACAGACAAACACCUGACCUUUCUGUCCAGCAUCUCGGUUCUACCGUGGAUACCGAGCCGCAUGCAGUUAGUGCGGGUGGUGUCAACUUCGCAGAGGGAGGUGGUUGCCAGUUGGGAGGUCGAGCGCGUGGCGUACAUGCAUUCCUUCUCGGUGACGCAGACGCACGCGCUGCUGCUGGCCCACCCGAUGUACGUCAACGUCCCAUGCAUGAUCACGCGAGUCACGCCUUUCGACUGCCUAGACUGGCGGCCGGACAUAACGCCUGGAACCCUAUACGUUGUCAACCUGCAGAGCGGCGAGGUGACAUCGCUGACGAUGGACACCGUGGUAUUCACUAUGCACCACAUCAACGCUUUCAACCUGCAAACGGAAGGUCAGAUCAUCCUGGACCUCUCGGCGUACCCAGACCCAAAGUUCGUGGCUAGCCUGCGUCUUUCCAUUUUGCGGGAUCCUUCCCGCCGCAAUAAUUUUCCCGUGCACACCAGCCUCCUCCGUUUCCUCGUAGACCUGCGAGCCAAGACGGUGCGACAGGUGCUGACUCCUCCCCAGCAGCCCUCCCUGGAUUUCGUCUCGCGCCUGGACAUGCCCUCCAUCAACGAGUGCUUCCGUGCGCGGAAGUACUGCUUCGUGUAUGGGGUAGUGGUGAAAAUGGACAACUCCACCCUCAGCAAGGUCGCCAUCGUCAAGCGAGACGUGUGCGGGCUUGGGCGAGAUCGCGCCUGGCUUGUGCCAAACCACUACCCCGUCGAGCCACUCUUCGUACCCAACCCUCAGGGACUGGAGGAAGACGACGGGGUGGUGCUGGUGCCCAUGAUCGACGGGCCCGCCCGGCGUAGCUACCUGGCCGUGUUGGACGCGCAUAACUUGGUCUUGGUCGCCAAGAGUUACCUGCCAACCGUGGUUCCCUAUUCACUGCACGGACACUUCUUUGAAGAGAUUGUCUGAACCCAGGGCUCAUUAUAUCGUGGAUCUCGUAAUCAUCAUCAUCUUUGUUGUCGUCGUCUGAACAUUUUAGGAAAAUCAGUGAGAUAAUUCAUUUCUUGUGUCUGAAUUACUUUUAAAGGUUGAUCUGGCGUUAGUCCAUUGACAUGUUGUUGAUAUAUGAAGUUCAUCAUGUAAUAACUAAGGUGAAAAGCAAGUUCAACACGCGUAAUGGCUGAUUCAACAGCUUGCAUGUACCGCUUAUUUGCCAGUAUAUACAACUGUGUGUUGACAUUAUGAUCUCAAUUUCACACGAGAGCUGAUGAGGAGGAAUGUUAUCUGCAAUUUUAUAAACCUUCUCAACAGAAGUGAUGGUAAAUCUGACUGGUCGUGCAUGGAGUACAGUGUAGCACAAGCUUGGCAGCGCUGCUGUAAAUCUGGUCUGGCAAGAUGUGGACUGUGGGAUGUUGAAUUGUUUUGUGACAAUGCUCAUCUGACGGUGGCAGUAUUAGUGCACAUUAUGCACGUGUUUGCGUGGGAGCUCGCGGCGUGUCUGUCGAUGCAUAUUUGCUUGCGAAUGGGAGGCAACAUGUGUUUGAGUAUGUGAUCGCGCGUGAGUGCGAACGCAGGUUAAGUACAUUUUACAGGGAAAUAUAAAUUUAAUUAGAGUUUGACUGUUACAGAUUUAUUACACAGUAUUACUGCAUAUUUUUACAACGAUUGAGUUCUAGUUUUCGCUUUGGUAAUGGUCUAGGAGUCAAUUCCUAGAAUUGCUUUUUCAUUCUGGCAGGAUUAUAUUUAGACGCAGGCUUUUAGUUCAUUACAAUAAGUAGCUUUUGUAUCUGAUGGACACGAAGUCAGUAAGAUAUCGCACAAACACGCGACUGUGCCAGGUUGCGGAUACAGACUGAAAUUUCCCAAGAAUGUUCCUGUUACAAAUAUGAGUGUGAGUGUGUGUGUUAAGGCGAUAUUCUGUACAUAUGACCAGCUGAGACUGUUUAACAUUAUGCAUAGUUCUAACCAAAUGAUUAGAAUAUGAAAUCUAACGGUCGGCAACGUGUCAGAAAUGACGAUGACCACUAACAAAGGAAAGAAAAGCCAUGAGUAUUAAUACUCGUUGCUCGCCUUUACACUGCAAGUAAAAUGUUUACGAUGUGAUACUCCGUUUGUCGCGAUGGUCUAAUGAUUUCUAAUCAGAUGAAUCAUUUGUGAUAAUAAAUUCCAUUGAAAAAUA